AUGACGGCGGGUCUCAAGACAAUAAUUGCCCUCUCCUUUGUUCUUGCCAUCGGAUUUCUCCUCGUCAUCCUUUCCGCCGCCCUAUUCCACAACUUCCUCACUCUUCUCGUUGUCGCGACCUAUGUGUUAGCGCCCGUACCAAACUGGGUUGCGGGAAGAUGCGCCAAUCCAGAUGAUUUUAUCGAAACCAACUCGAGUGCAUGGGUUGAUCUGGGCCGAUUUGUCACCGGAUUUCUUGUUGUUAUGGGCAUUGCCCUCCCGGUUCUCCUAGCGCACUGCGCUCUCAUUCAAGUUCCCGCUAUGGUCAUGUCAAUUAUAGGAGGACUGCUGAUAUACGGCACGAUCAUCAGUUUCACCCAGUUUUUCAAGGAGGAGCAGGACUUUUGA